CUCAUGAAGAACGUGUUGAAUAUUAAAUCCCAUAUCAAUUAGAAAAGAAUUUAAUAUUUGGUUCAAACUAGGGCUCUAAAUAGUAAUUACAAUCGAUAUUUAAACACAUUCAUGAUGUUUUGGAAUAAAUAUGUUGGAGAUGAUUGACAAGUUUUGCUUUAUGACGAGGCUUUGGAUAAUUAUCAUGGUUAUAUUUGAGCAAAAUAUUAUGCAUGCAUGAAUUGUGAAAGAAAUUCUUUACCAUAUUAAUACUAUCAAGGUUGAAAUAGAAAUUGGUCAUGGAUGGAUGGAGCUUGCUACCUCCCUAUUUCCUGAUUCAUUGGUGAUUUCAACCUUCACUGGAUGGAUGGAGUCAGUUUCCUCCCUAACCCCUCAGGGCAGUUUACUAUAUGAAAGCUCUAGAAAAAAAUGACGGGCUUCUUAUUUGUUUCUGCCCAGCAUCCAUGGGAUGUUUCACUUCCCUUAAGAUUACAAAAGAAUGAUCUAGUACAAUUCCAUUCGUGGACUACACAUGAAGUCUACUCACACGUUUCAUGGCAUCAUCUCAGGCGACACCAAAAAGCGAACCCCUUAAAGGGGGUUUCCAAAGAUAAGUUCUUCCUUUGAGUUUUUUCCCAAGACCAGUUAAGUACGUGCAACAAACUUCAAGAAAGGCUUUUGAACUACAUUCUAUCUCCAAGAUCAUGCUAUUUUUGCCUAAACUUUCAGACUAGACCCACCUCGACUUCCUUCAUUUCCUUGUAGCUAAGUGCUGGAGGAGGCUUCUUAAUAGAUUCAACCUUUACUGGUGCCUCCCUAAUAACAAUGGCUUAGCUCUUACUCAACUUCUUUGCCGUCAUCUUUUAAAAGGGCAAGCAAGAAUUAUUUGGUCCAAUACUAUUACAACAAUCCUUUUGUGGCUUUGAAGAAUCGAAGGUCACUCUAAGGAGCCUACACUAGUUUUGAAGACUUCUGGGACUUGGAUUUUUCUCUUCUGCUGGUGUACGUUGUCCAAAGACUUUUGUAACUACGAUAAUUUGAUGAUGUAUGCCAACUGAGAUCCUCUUUCUUAUUUUAUACCUUUUUUUUUUUGAGAAAAGACCAAACUUUAAUCGAGAAGAGUGAAAUAAUAGAAAAGGGCAUAUAAAAACAAAACCCAACAAAAGGGAGUCAAACUAAAAUAAAAGGCUCCAAUCAAGCAAGAUCAAACCUAAAGAAUAAUUACAUAAGGUUUUGGAUAUUGAAGUCCAAAGAGAAACAUGAAACUGAGCAAUGGCUGAAACAUCCUCCGAAAAUCUCUUAAACCCUCUCAAAAUCUUGUUAUUCCUCUCCAAUCCACAAACCCCAUAGAAUUGCUAAGAAACCCACAUGCCACAAUAACCGACCCCUGUCAAGAAACAGAGAGUGGUGAAGAACUUCCUCCAACAUCAAACUACACUCACUGACAUGAGAAAGCAAACAAGAAUAAGUUGAUGAAGCAAACUGGCAAGACCGAAGGAGAUGAUCAAGGUCCUUGUAAGCUCUCCUACAAAGAAUACAACACUGGGGCCGCUUAGAGUAGAAGAGUGCUUCAUGAUGCUAUUCAAAGUAUUAACCCUGCCACUUAAGACCCGCUAGGCAAAAAAUCUAAUCUUCUUUGGAAUCUUAACCUUCCAAAGCGAAGAAAAAACAGCGCGAUGAGAGGGAUGGGGAUCCACCAUACACAAGAAUAAGUAAAACAGCGCGAUGAGAGGGAUGGGGAUCCACCAUACACAAGAAUAAGUACUUACAGGAAAACUCUUUUAUAAGGUUAGGGGACCAAAGAUGAGAAUCCUUCCUCCUCGGAUUAACAACAAAAUCCCCAAGCAAGGUUAACAAGGCCAUAGACUCCAUCGUCUCUCUAUAGGACAAAGGACGAAGAAAACCAAGAAACAGAGAAGAGUCAUUACCUAACAAAGGCAAGAUUGAAGCUAGCGAACAAUCUCUUGUGGAGGAAAGGUGAGGGAAAAGAGAACACAAAAUUCAAAAAGAAUGCAUUGGAUGGAUGUCCGGGCAUUGUGAAGAAAGGACGCUUACAGAGGUGAAAGGCCUUUUGGGGAUCCCCAGGCCCCCUAUCCUCCCAAAAUGACGAAGAUGGAAAAAACUCACAAGGAUAGCAGCACAAGUAUAACCCGUGUUCUCUUUUGUGGGUUUCAAUUUUCUGGUUCUCAUAAUUAUACCAAAGAAUAUUUGCAACCUUAUCCCUUCAUUCAGGUUGAUGUCGUUCCAUUGGAGGAUGUACCUAAAGUUAUAAGCAACUACCACAUUUGUAUUCCUAAAAUGAUGAAAUUAGAUUCUAAUGUCAUCUCCCGAGCUAGCCAGAUGAAGCUCAUAGUGCAGUUCGGUGUCGGCCUUGAAGGUGUUGACAUUGAUUCUGCCACAAAGUUUGGAAUCAAAGUUGCCAGGAUACCAAGUGGAGUAACUGGAAAUGCAAUGUCAUGUGCAGAAAUGGCUAUAUACCUAACUUUAGGACUUCUUCGCAAGCAGAAAGAGAUGCAGAUUAUGGUUGACCAAAGAAGACUUGGAGAGCCAACUGGGGUUACACUCCAUGGAAAAACAGUUUUCAUCUUGGGCUACGGAAACAUUGGUCUUGAAUUGGCGAAGCGCUUGUGCCCGUUUGGGGUAAGAAUUAUUGCCACAAAGCGGAGUUGGACUGCAUCUAGCCAGUUGAAUGGUGCGAAUGACGAUCUUGUUGACGAAAAAGGUGUUCACAAGGACAUUAACAAGUUUGCGAGCAUCGCGGACAUUGUUGUUUGUUGCUUGAGUCUUAAUAGCGAAACAGCCGGUACUGUGAACGAGUCGUUCUUAUCUUCAAUGAGAAAGGGUUCACUUUUGGUAAAUAUUGCUAGAGGUGGUCUCCUAGACUAUCAAUCCACUUUACAUUCCCUUGAGUCUGGUCACUUGGGAGGCUUGGGCAUUGAUGUUGCUUGGACUGAGCCAUUUGACCCCAAUGACCCCAUUUUGAAGUUCAAUAAUGUCAUCAUCACUCCCCAUGUUGCUGGAGUUACCGAACACUCUUAUCGGGCAAUGGCCAAGGUUAUUGGAGAUGUUGCCCUUCAACUUCAUGCUGGAUCUCCCUUGACCUCGACGGGUAUCGAGUUCGCUAACUAAUUUAGAUAGUUUGGAAUGAAAGUUCUCAUCCUUCGAAACAAUUUGCUUUUUAAUAAGAAUUAUAGCAAAAUGUUUCUGAAGCUCCAUUCCCAUUGAAUGCUCAUACAUUGAUAUCGAUACCGUGGAGCUAUAAAUCGCCUCUGUGACUGACUGCAGCUCCCAGCCCUGUGAUCAAACAAUGGCUGCCAAGAUUUGCAUUCUCAUUUAAAAACAUAGUUCUAUUAUUGUCUAUGUGGUUUUUCCAUUUCUUUCUUUUC